CUCCUCGUGUGUGUACUGUGCUGCGCUCUGCCGAGAGUCUGCGCAACCACGUCGCGAGCAGGGCGAGAGCACCCGGCGCCGCGACACUGUCCUACCGGCGGCGCGGAAGUCGUGUCGGCGCGGAAGACCGUAUCGUCUGCCCUCCAGCUCCCAGUUUCUGGGACAGCUGUAGUAAUAUAAAGAGACAUCGCUCUCAGUGAAACUGCUUGAAGCAAGGCGAUUUCAAAAGGAGCUGAGACUCGUCUGAUCGGCAGGUUACAAGAGAAAGUUGCUUGCAUCAAUAAUUUGAAGGCUGGGUCCAGGCGACAUGAGGCUGUGCGUGCUGUGUGUUGUCUCGCUGGCGCUGGUGGGGGCGCCCCCCUCCCUCGCCCAGACCAAGGAAGUCACCCACCAGGAGAUCAAGGAGGCGAUCGUGGCGCUGGUGCGCAUGUUCCGCGUGAACGCGGACAAGCUGGAGCGGCACGAGUCGCGCGAGAGGCACCUGGGGGAACAGCUGAAGAAGACGCUGGCGGGGCUGGAGAAGAGGCACCGCGCCACGGACCUGACCGUCGACGCCGUGGCCAAGGCGGUGGGCGCGCUGGACCAGAGGCUGCAGGACAUGGAGCGAGCCGCGCUGCAGCGAGAGGAGGAGCAGCGGCGGCAGCAGCAGGCGACGCUGGAACGCGUCCAGGCGCUGACGGCCCGGGCCCUGCCGGCCGAGGGCGAGGAGGCGGGAGCACCUAGCAGGCGGCUGGACGCGCUGGAGAGCAGCCUCAGCGCCCGUCUGGACCGCAUCGUGCUCAUGCUCGACCCCAUGAACGCCAGGAACGUGUACACCACCGACGAGGACAUCGCCGCCAACGGCAGCCCCGGCACGCUGGGCGAGCUGGAGAGCCUGCUGCGGCGGCUGGAGGCUCACCUGGAGGCGGGCGCCCGGAAGGCCGACAGCCUGGACUGGCACGCCGUGUUCCUCACGGCGCUUGACAGCCACCAGAAGGUGCUGGACGACCUCAAGGCCUUGACGCUGAAGACGGGCGGCGGCCUGGCGCAGCUGCCCACCAGGACCGAGCUCGAGAAGCUCAGCAACGCCACCAACGAGCUCCUGCAGGACGCCAGGUACGAGCUGUCGGCCGGCAGCGACAUGGCCGCGGCCAAGCUGGAGUCCCAGGUGCAGGAGCUGCAGCUGGCGCUCGCCGGCGGCCAGGAGGAGAUCCUCAGGCGGGUGUCGGAGACGGGCGUGAUGACGGAGACGGCCUACGCCGGCGCGGCGCGCGGCUACGACCAGCUGCUCGCGGAGGUGCGCGGCCUGGCCAAGGUGGAGACAGUCGUGCUGCAGACCGCGGACGACGUGCUGGACACCAAGCGACGCGUCGAGUACGGGGUGCACCGCAUCCUGCUGGAGGUGGGCGACCUCGUGAAGGCCGGCUCCGAGGGGCUGAACGGCACGGUGACGCGCGGCUUCGACGCCAUCUCGGGCGCCAUCCUGGACGGCCAGAGCGGGGCCCUCGCCAACGUCAGCCGCAAGAUCGAGACGGAGAUCGGCCAGGUGUGGCGCCAGAUCGGCAUCAUGUACCAGCAGCUGGCGGCGUCUGCGGGCGCCCUGGACCGCCUGCAGAUGCAGACGGAGACGUACGUGAACGGCAGCCUGCAGACCAUGGACAGCAUGGAGGGCAAGGUGGGGCAGAUCACGGGCCGCAUGUCCGAGGUGGACGGCCACCUCAACUACCUGCUGGGCAAGCUGUCGCUGGUCACCCAGGAGUUCAACCAGAUCAAGUCGGGCCUCGCGGCCGCGCUCGACAACAUCCGCAGCAGCUUCGUGUCCGUGCAGAACAAGAUACAGGAGGUCGGGCCGGGGCCCAACCCCAUCCCGGACUACACGCAGCCCCGGCCAGAGUCCAAGGACGAGCAGCAGAACCAGGUGUUGCCGCUGGAAGUCAACGCGCAGUGAGAGACGUCCUCGCUGCAGUGUUCUGUUCAGGCACUCAUAUUGCAUACUACUCCACAGUCUUACAAGGAAACUCAUCUGGCGCUCUUCGCAGUAAUUAUUUGUUAUUAAUAAAAAAAAAAUAACAUUAUUACUGCUGCUAAUGCAUUUUGUAUGCUGCAAUGACAUUUGCAAUCUAAUCUUGAACAUUUUAUGCAAAAUGCAGCUGUGCUUCCAAUGCAGUAGUUUAUUGAUGUUUGUGAUACAAUAAUUUUAGGAUAUAUUAACAAUUUAAGAGAUAGUUUUGUACCAGUCAUUUAGUUUGUGAAGAAUGGUUAGAAAAAUCAAUGCAAAUCUCUGUAAUUCUGAGAAAAAAAUAUUAUUGAAGAGAUAAAUUACAUAUCUCAUAGCAAAUUUAAUUCAAUGGUUACUGUCACUUCAUUUUAUGAUAUAUGGAUGCCAUUAUCAUUUAAAAAAAUCGAAACAUACACUUAUUUAUUCAUGAGUGUCAUGGAAAUAAGCACUCAUGUAACAUCUACAUCAUACAAUUCGCAUAUCAGGUCGGCAAACUGUGAAACAAACAUUGCAUAUUUCAAGUUAAAAUGUAGGUUAGCUAUUGGGUUUUUUCUGGCUGAUGCCUCUCGCUUGUGAGACAAAGGUUGACAGUAUGAUUACAAAUACAUAUACCAGCACCAAGUUGGUACUCCAGUGGUUUGGAAGCCAUGUAUAUUCAUAUGUACAUAAUUACCCUAGCAUUAUUUUUUUGUAUACCCAUUACUUUUACAUACCCAAAAAAUUAAAUCUAUGUGGUUGCAUGACUGCAAAGAAAAACAAUUUAGAGGUAGUUAUUAAAUACAUGUAAUAUGUUGAUAACAUUAUCACAAAUAUCUAGUGAAAAAAGUGUGACUAACAUAUCAAUAGCACUUUUAUUAUAAAUAUUACCAUUAUGUAGGUACAUAUACAUUGUGCUACUAAACAACUACAGUCAAAGUGUUUUUUUUCCCCCUAAUUUAGCUGUUAUGAUGUAGUAGUUCUUCUAAGGUAACUAUUGAGAGUUUCAUAAUAAUUAUGAACAGUUUUAAGUUGUGAAAUGUACUGCAUGUAAACCCUAAGAUCUCAUUUUCUCUUUAACUAGCAUGCACAAAAUGAUCAAAUAGUCAAAUUAAAAAAAAAAACAA